AUCACCGCCAAAAAGGCCUCUGUAUAAAUUCAAAGCCCCAAUUUUUUUCUUCACUAAUAUUUUCUUCUUUAGCUCCAGACGUUAUUGACACUUUCAAGCUCAAUUACCAUACCAUUGUUUGCUUGAGGCUUCAGAGAGGUUUUCAAUGGCAUCAAAGCGGAUUAACAAGGAGUUGAAGGAUCUGCAGAAGGACCCUCCUGUAUCAUGCAGUGCUGGCCCUGUUGCUGAUGAUAUGUUCCACUGGCAAGCAACAAUCAUGGGCCCAGCAGACAGUCCUUUUGCAGGGGGAGUCUUUCUUGUUGCCAUUCACUUUCCCCCAGACUAUCCUUUCAAGCCACCCAAGGUUUCUUUCCAAACAAAGGUUUUCCAUCCUAACAUCAACAGCAAUGGAAGCAUCUGUCUUGACAUUCUCAAGGAGCAGUGGAGCCCAGCCCUUACCAUAUCCAAGGUUCUUCUGUCAAUAUGCUCACUUCUUACAGAUCCAAAUCCUGAUGACCCUCUGGUGCCUGAGAUUGCUCACAUGUACAAGACUGAUAGAGCCAAAUAUGAGAGCACUGCCCGCUUAUGGACCCAGAAAUAUGCAAUGAAUUAAGGGUAUGCCAGGAUGUCAUGCUUGAUCCCUAUUAGUAAAUAAUAGAAAUAACUUUGUCUGGAUAUUAGAAAAACAUCUUUGAUAAGUAUUAUUACUCUUAAAUUAUAAGCUGAAACAGGUCCUCUAGUA